UACAAGCAUAGAAUAAUUUAAUCCAACCAAAACAAAAAAAAGCAUAGAGAAAAAAAAAGAGAAAGCCUUCUCUUUUAAUAUACAAUAAUAAUAUAAUAAUAAUAAUAAAUGCAUAAAAAUAAUAGCAACAAUUCAUCCUCCACCAACAUAGUUGGAGUACAUUAUAGAGUUGGAAAAAAGCUGGGUGAAGGAAGUUUUGGUGUAUUGUAUGAAGGUCUCAAUUUACUAAAUAAUCAAUCUGUGGCAAUUAAGUUUGAACCAAGGAAAUCAGAUGCACCUCAACUCAGAGACGAAUACAGAACAUAUAAAGUACUUGCUGGUUUACCCGGUGUUCCGAGUGCUUAUUACUUUGGACAAGAAGGAUUGCACAAUAUAUUGGUGAUUGAUCUAUUAGGUCCAAGUCUAGAAGAUCUAUUUGACAUGUGUGGUAGAAAACAUUCGAUCAAGACAGUUGCCAUGUUAGCCAAACAGAUGAUUGAUAGAGUGGAAAGUGUCCAUGAAAGAAAUUUGAUUUACAGAGAUAUUAAGCCAGAUAAUUUCCUUAUUGGCAGACCAGGCACAAAAUAUGCCAAUACAGUAUUCCUUAUUGACUAUGGUAUGGCCAAGCUAUAUCGUGAUCCAAAGACAAAGCAGCAUAUACCUUACCGAGAACGUAAAAGUUUGUCGGGAACUGCUCGAUACAUGAGUAUCAAUACCCAUUUAGGAAGAGAACAAUCAAGAAGGGAUGAUUUGGAAUCUUUGGGUCAUGUGUUUAUGUACUUCUUGCGUGGUUCGUUACCUUGGCAAGGCCUCAAGGCAGCUACCAAUAAACAAAAGUAUGAAAAAAUAGGCGAAAAGAAACAAUCAACCUCGAUCAAGGAACUCUGUGAAGGGUUUCCAGAGGAAUUCGGAAUCUAUUUACAGUAUGUUCGUAAAUUGGGCUUUGAAGAAACACCAGAUUAUGACUUCUUACGGGAACUGUUUAAUAAAGUACUCUAUCGUCUGGGAGAAAAAGACGAUGGUGUCUAUGAUUGGAUGUUGUUGAACAAAGGACCCGAGACAAGGGAAAGUAGACGUCAAGCUAGAGAAUUACUUCAACAGCAACAACUGGCGACAACACGUAAAUCAAUAAAUCAUUCAGUCAGAAGACAUGCUUCUCAGCCCAAGAUGACGGUCGAUCCAUCUGCACCUCCACUACCAAACAAUAUCAGUACAACAAAUAAUACGACAACUAUGCCCUCUAAGCAAAUAACUAUAGCUAAUAAUAAUACUAAUAACAACUAUCAACUGAUGCUUGAGUCACCUAAUCAUGGUGGUCUUAACACAACCUAUGACCAAACCAAACAAGAGCAACAAGGUCAUCAACAACGCGGUCUUUGGCAAACUUUGAUGUCCUUGAUGACUUGCGGUAUUCAUUAAAGAAAUAUAUAUGUAUACAAUAUAUGUCUUUUUUUGGUUAUUUCUUUUUAUAAAGCAAUAAAAAAGUUUAUAUCUAUGAUUAUGGAUUAUUAAUGAAUAUAUAUAUACUGAACAAGAGAUCUAUGCAAUGGUACUCGCCUGGUUGUUGUACGAAUUGGCAGCUAUAUGGCUCAGGUUUGUCUAGCCAAUAAACCAGAUGGUCCAUUAGAGCUUAUGCCUCGGUUUACGCUCUCAACGCAAGAAGGUGAAUUGCCAUUCAUCCUAGCAAGAAAGCAAUUUCCUGUCAGGCUAUACUUUGCUAUGACAAUUAACAAAUCACAAGGACAAUCAUUAAAGCAUGUAGGCAU